GCCUCAUGAUGAACUGUGAUGGGCAAUCGAGAUAUCGGAUCUAAUUCAGGACUCUCGAUUUGACGCGCUAGAGAACAAUUGUUUGACAGCAACGACCAAAAAGAACACUACGGCCCAGGAUCAACAUCGGGAACUACUAUACUGACACUGCCGUAUCGAAGAAAAGCGGCGACGCUCACACGAUGGCAUCUCAAUUGCUUCCCCUAGAACUGAUCGACAAGUGCGUCGGCUCGAGGAUAUGGGUCAUUAUGAAGGGUGACAAGGAGUUCAGCGGCACUCUCACCGGUUUCGAUGACUAUGUCAACAUGGUGCUUGAGGAUGUUACAGAAUUCGACUACUCCGGACAGCACGUCAAGCUGCCCAAAAUCCUGUUGAACGGCAAUAAUAUCUGCAUGUUGAUUCCUGGAGGAGAGGGUCCUGUCUGAGGGAGGCUUGGGAAGAUGCACCAAAAACAAAAGUACUGAUGGUGUCGAUGUGAUGAGCAAUCAUACUCAGUCCAACAAAAGCUACAGAAGCUAUAGAGCCAAAUCCAGGGCAUUGUCGGAUGAGUGGAAAGCGCAACGGCACAUCAGAUCAAACCAAUAAAAAGACAUAACCAACCCAA